AUGUCGAGCUUCGAGUCGGUUGUCGUCAUCGACGGCAAGGGCCAUCUGCUGGGUCGUUUGGCCAGCAUUGUCGCCAAGCAGCUGCUUGAGGGCCAGAAGAUCGUUGUCGUCCGCUGCGAGGCCCUGAACAUCUCUGGCGAGUUCUUCCGCGCUAAGCUCAAGUACCACGCCCACCUGCGCAAGAUCACCCGUUAUAACCCGACACGAGGUGGUCCCUUCCACUUCCGUGCCCCGUCCCGCGUCUUCUACAAGGCCGUCCGCGGCAUGAUGCCCCACAAGACUGCCCGCGGUACCGCCGCCCUUGAGCGCCUCAAGGUCUUCGAGGGUGUCCCCCCUCCCUACGACAAGCAGAAGAAGAUGGUCGUUCCCCAGGCUCUGCGUGUCCUUAGACUGCAGCCCGGUCGCAAGUACUGCACCGUUGGCCGUCUGAGCCACGAGGUUGGCUGGAAGUACCAGGACGUUGUUGCCAGGCUGGAGGAGCGGAGAAAAGCAAAGGCUGGUGCCUACUACGAGCGCAAGAAGUUGGCUGCUCGUCAGCGCAGCGAGUCGAAGAAGACCGCGAACGUCGACAAGAAGACGGCAGAGACCCUCCAGGCCUAUGGUUACUAG